AUAAGAAGAAAUCUAAGAAACGAUACUAUGAAGAAGAGAAUGAAGAAGAAUAUGAUGUUCCAGGUAAAGAGUCUCAGGAAGCGGUUCCUUCGGCAGCAGGGAAGCAAGUGGAAGAUUCUGCAAUCAAGUUAGAUGAAUAUGGAGCAAAGGACUAUAGAAGCCAGAUGCAGCUCAAGACUGAUCAUUCCUCACGCCCACUGUGGGUGGCUCCUGAUGGUCAUAUUUUUCUUGAAGCAUUUUCACCUGUUUACAAGUAUGCCCAGGAUUUUCUUGUUGCCAUUGCUGAGCCAGUUUGCCGUCCCACUCAUGUGCAUGAAUAUAAAUUGACUGCUUACUCUCUUUAUGCUGCUGUCAGUGUGGGUUUGCAAACAAGUGAUAUCACUGAAUAUUUGAGGAAGCUGAGUAAAACUGGUGUUCCUGAUGGGAUUAUUCAGUUUAUCAAGCUGUGUACUGUCAGCUAUGGGAAGGUAAAACUGGUCCUGAAGCACAACAGGUAUUUUGUAGAGAGCACUCACCCAGAUGUUAUUCAGCAACUUCUUCAGGAUCCAGUCAUUAGAGACUGUCGGCUUAGAAAUGCAGAAGGAGAAGAAACGGAACUCAUCUCAUAAACAUUUACAAGCAAAUCAGCUAUUUCCAAGUCCACCGAAGGUGGCUGUGGUCCUUCAACUUCACAAGGAACAGAUGCUCAAAGUAAGCCAGAUGUCCCUGCUGACUUAUUUGAUUUUUAUGAACAAAUGGAUAAAGAUGAAGAAGAAGAGGAGGAAACACAGACAGUAUCUUUUGAAGUGAAACAGGAAAUGAUUGAAGAGCUUCAGAAACGUUGUAUUCAUCUAGAGUACCCUCUGCUUGCUGAAUAUGAUUUUAGAAAUGAUUCAGUGAAUCCUGAUAUUAAUAUAGACUUGAAACCUACAGCUGUUCUCCGUCCAUACCAGGAGAAGAGUUUAAGAAAAAUGUUUGGAAAUGGCCGUGCUAGAUCUGGUGUUAUCGUCCUGCCCUGUGGUGCUGGCAAAUCGCUUGUAGGAGUAACAGCUGCUUGUACAGUUCGCAAGCGAUGCCUUGUGCUGGGCAAUUCUGCUGUCUCUGUGGAGCAGUGGAAAGCCCAAUUCAAAAUGUGGUCCACCAUCGAUGACAGCCAGAUCUGCCGGUUUACUUCUGAUGCCAAGGACAAGCCAAUUGGUUGCUCUAUUGCUAUCAGCACCUACUCCAUGCUGGGACAUACAACAAAGAGGUCCUGGGAGGCAGAGAAAGUAAUGGAAUGGCUGAAGAGCCAAGAAUGGGGCCUUAUGAUCCUUGAUGAAGUGCACACCAUACCUGCAAAAAUGUUCAGGCGUGUACUCACCAUUGUUCAAGCCCAUUGCAAGCUUGGAUUGACAGCCACCCUUGUAAGAGAAGAUGACAAAAUUGUAGACUUGAAUUUCCUCAUUGGUCCUAAGCUAUAUGAAGCCAAUUGGAUGGAGCUGCAAAACAGUGGUUACAUUGCGAAAGUCCAGUGUGCUGAGGUUUGGUGCCCAAUGUCUCCUGAGUUCUACAGAGAAUAUGUGGCUAUUAAAACAAAGAAACGGAUAUUGCUCUAUACAAUGAACCCGAACAAGUUCAGAGCUUGCCAGUUCCUGAUUAAGUUUCAUGAACGAAGGAAUGACAAGAUCAUAGUAUUUGCGGACAAUGUGUUUGCUCUGAAGGAGUAUGCUGUUAGGCUGGGCAAACCAUAUAUAUAUGGGCCUACAGCACAGGGGGAGAGAAUGCAGAUCCUGCAGAAUUUCAAACACAACCCCAAAAUCAACACUAUCUUCAUCUCUAAGGUAGGUGACACCUCCUUUGAUCUGCCAGAAGCCAAUGUUCUGAUUCAGAUUUCAUCCCAUGGUGGGUCUCGAAGACAGGAGGCUCAAAGGCUGGGUCGAGUACUGAGAGCCAAGAAAGGAAUGGUUGCAGAGGAGUACAAUGCCUUCUUUUAUUCUCUGGUCUCCCAGGAUACUCAAGAAAUGGCAUAUUCUACUAAACGGCAGAGGUUUCUAGUAGAUCAAGGCUAUAGCUUUAAGGUAAUCACUAAACUAGCAGGUAUGGAGGAAGAAGACCUUAUGUUUUCAACCAAAGAAGAACAGCAGCAGCUGCUCCAAAAAGUUUUGCAAGCCUCAGAUAUGGAUGCUGAAGAAGAAGUAGUAGCAGGAGAGUACAGUUCAAAGUCAUCUCAGGUUUCCCGACACUAUGGCACAAUGAGUUCCAUGUCUGGAGCAGAUGAUACAGUUUACAUGGAAUAUCAAGCCUCACGAAGCAAGGCAUCAUCCAGUAAACAUGUUCAUCCACUUUUCAAACGCUUUAGAAAAUAAAAUAAGGGAAAGGCAUGAGACAUCUCUUUCUUUCUCACAAGGAGACAUUAAUCCAAUUCAUGUCCUAGAAUGGGGUGGUAUAAUAUUGUAAUAAAUGAGAGAGUAAAGCAAUUUACUCAUAAUGGAAGAAGCAAUAAAUGUGCAUUGUUAUUUAUAAAUGUUGUUUCCUAGGUAAUAUUUUAAUUUGCAAAUUUAUUUCAAAAUAAUUCUAAAAUAAAGAUGCAAUUUUUGUAUAUUUGUACCAUGUGUAAUGGUUAAAAUAUUUUAAAAAGUACUGUAUAAAAUGAUAUUCAGUAAA